AUGGAGAACCCGGUGGAGAGCCUGCACAAAGAAGCCACUUGCUCCAUCUGCCUGGAGUACUUCCGCGACCCGGUCUCCAUCCCUUGCGGCCACAGCUUCUGCAGGUCGUGCAUCGCGCAGUGCUGGAAGGAGCGCAGCACCGAUUUCUCGUGUCCUCAGUGCCGGGUGGUGUCCCUGCAGAGGAAUUUCAGGCCCAACCGCGAGCUGGGCAACGUGGUGGAGAUCGCCAAGAGGCUGGGCUCCCGCACCGAGCAGGAGGAGCCGGGCGGCGGCGGCGGCGGCGGGAGGCAGCUGUGCCAGAAGCACCGCGAGGCGCUGAAGCUCUUCUGCAGCGAGGAGGAAGACCUCAUCUGCUGCAUCUGCCGGGAGUCCCGAGCGCACAGGAGCCACGCUGUGUUCCCCGUGGAGGAAGCGGCCCAGGAUUAUAAGGUGAAUAGUGGAGGGCACACGAGCGCGCACUUGACCGGGAACCAGGCAGAGGGGCCUUCUCGGUAGUGGCGCCCGCCCUGUGGAACGCCCUCCCAUCAGAUGUCAAAGAGAUAAACAACUACCUGACAUUUAGAAGACAUCUGAAGGCAGCCUUGUUCAGGGAAGUUUUUAAUGUUUGACAUUUUAAUGUAUUUUUAAUCUUUGUUGGAAGCCACCCAGAGUGGCUGGGGAAACCCAGCCAGAUGGGCGGGGUACAAAUAAAUUAUUAUUAUUAUUAUUAUUAUUAUUAUUAUUAUUAUUUGGCGCCCUUGAGGCACCCCUUCCUCAGAAUGGUGGAAUAUAGGAAGGUGGCUCACACCCAGUGCCGGAUUUACGUAUAAGCUAAACAAGCUGUAGUUUAGGGCCCCACUCUCUUGGGACCCCAAAAAUUUCAAAGGGGGAAAAAACUGGAUGUACAUUUCCAAAAUAUAAGAUAAAAAAUAAAUGAAAUAAAACCUACAUACAGCAACAGUGUUUUGUGUUGUGUAGGCUCCUAGGAUGUAAUAAUAAUAAUAAUAAUUUAUUAUUUGUACCCCACCCAUCUGGCUGGGUUUCCCCAGCUACUCUGGGCGGCUUCCAACAAAGAUUAAAAAUACAACAAAACGUCACACAUUAAAAACUUCCCUGAACAGGGCUGCCUUCAGAUGUCUUCUAAAAGUCUGGUAGUUGUUUAUCUCCUUGACAUCUGAUGGGAGGGCAUUCCACAGGGCGGGCGCCACGUCCGAGAAGGCCCUCUGCCUGUUUCCCUGUAGCUUUGCUUCUCGCAGUGAGGGAACUGCCAGAAGGCCCUCGGCAUUGGACCUCAGUGUCUGGGCAAAACGAUGGGGAUGGAGACGCUCCUUCAGUCAUGGGCCCUGCCUGCUAGCCUGCUCCCUAAAAUAUCACUGGUUUGCUCAUUUCUAGAUAUGGGGUGCCUACAUUCUGCAUGGACUGGUUGCAUGGCAACAUGGGCAAAUGGCUUUAGAUACCUAUUAGGUCCAUCAAUUACCCUUUAGCAUAUAUUCAACACAAAAAACAGCGACAGUUUGUUGUUGACAAAGGACAGCUGGACAUAUAAAGGCCCCAUUACCUUCAGUAGCUUAGGGCCUCAUCAAACCUAAAUCCGGCCCUGCUCCCACCAAGUCCAUUGGUCCAUUUUGCUUGGUAAUGACAGUGGUUCUCCAGGAUUGCAGGAAAGAGUCUCACCUAGGGCUGCCAUAUUUCAAAAAGCAAAAACCAGGACACCCUGAGCUGUUGACUCCCAAACUGUGUGGUGCUUUUUUUAAAAAAAAAGUAAAAAAACCCACAAUUUUUCUAUUAUUUAAUGCAACAUUAUGUUGUUGAUGAUGAUGACAUUGAGAGCAACCUACCAAUAUUAUUAGUGCUCUUAGCAGCAGCAGUAGUAUUGUUCCUUCUCGUCUGAAGAAUCUUGUUAGUUGGUUUUCCCCCCUUCUUGCCUUUGAAACUAUGUAUGACGUUGAAAGUAUGUUUGAAGUUGGAGAAAUAAAAUGCUGGGUUAAUGCCAUAAUAUUUUAUUUCCACUGCUCCAUAAUCUGAGUGGGUUUCUUUUGUUCCCGUGUUGAUUAUGGAAUAUCAGUAUUUUUUUGUGUCUCACUAUAGGUUAAAUUGGAUGUAACCCGUUGCUUGUGUGUGAGGCAGCAGGGGCGUUAGUUAAUAACGAUAACACUAUUUCAAAAUAAGUUUCUCUUUGUUUAGAAAGAAAUCCAGAGCCGUCUGCAGAGCUUAAAGGAAGAGAAAGAGAAGCUCCUGGGGUUAAAACUGGCUGGAGAAAAUAGGCACCAGGAAUAUCUGGUCAGUAUAGAAUCCUGUGGUAUAGCCUAGCAAGGAAUGUGGGCAUUAGUUUAUCUUCUAAAAAAGCAUAUGUGCUUUUUACAUCCUGGAUCUUGAAAAUAUAAUCCAGGGCUUUAAUCAGCAGACCAAGUAGGAAACAGUGAUGGCCGCCAGCUUGGAAGGCUUAAAAGUGGGCUAACAAAAUUCACGUAGGGUAAGACUAUCAGUGGUUGGAGUCAUCUGGGAACAGGGAGGAUAUAUAGACCUCGUAGAGUUCCAAAUGCAGCUCUUUCCCCAUGGCAACAUUUCACUAUAUAAGAAGAGCCUUGCUGGAUCGAACAAAAGACCCAUCCUUUCUCGCAGGCAGGUUCUCUGAUGUUCUAGUUGCUUCUGAAUUUUAGCUUUUUGUUUUGUUGCUUUGAAUACUUGCAUUUUGAUUUGUGCAAUUCCCUGCCUCAAAUGCAGAUGACACCAAACUGAGAGAGGUAGUUAAUGCCAUGGAAGACAGAAUCAGAGUUCAAGAUGACCCUAACAGAUUGCAGAACUGGGUCCAAACUAACACAAUGAAUUUGAAUACGAACAAAUUUAAGGUUUUACACUUAGGUAGAAAGAACCAGCUGCACAAAUAUAAGAUGGGGGGACACCUGGCUUGCCCGUAGUACAUGUGAAAAGGAUCUAGGAGUCUUAGUAGACCACAAGCUGAACAUGAGUCAACAGUGUGAUGCAACAGCAAAAAAGAAAAGAAAAAAAGCUAAUGCUUUUCUAGGCUGCAUCAACAGAAGUACUGUGUCCAGAUCAAGGGAAGUAAUCUCUGUUCUGCCUUGGUCAGACCACACCUGGAAUACAGUGUCCAGUUCUGGGUACCACAGUUUAAGAGGGAUGUUGACAAGCUGGAACAUGUGCAGAGGAGGGGCAACCAAGAGGAUCAAGGGUCUAGAAACCAGGCCUUAUGAGGAACAGUUGAGGGAAUUGGGUAUGUUUAGCCUGGAAAAGAGGAGACUGAGAGGAGAUAUGAUAGCCAUCUUCAUAUAUCUAAGGCGCUGUCACAUUGUGCCUUCAAAUCGCGCUGCUGAAUUUUAAAAUCAAAACUUAGCAUAUUUUGGUUUUCCAAACGAGUUCCAGUAUUUCAGAUUAAUUUCUGCUUAUUUGAGGGGUGUUUGCUGAUCUUCCCAACGCCCUGACCCAUCUUUCUCCCACUUUCCUCCCUAUGUUACAGAAGCAAACAGAAGCUGAGAGGCAGAAAUUGAUGUCUGAAUUUGAGCUGGUGCAUCACUUUCUGGAGGAGCAAGAAAAACUCCUGCUGCUUCAGCUGAAUGAGCUGGAGAAGGAGAUUAUGAAGCAUCAGAAAGAACAUGGGGGAAAGUUUUCUGAUGAGAUUGUCUCUCUCAGUGCCCUGAUAGAUGAGAUAGAAGAGAAGUGUACACAGCCAGACAGCGAAUUCUUGCAGGUGAGAUGAGGUGGUUGUUGGGUGGGGUAGAACUGAAAAAAGGACACAUCAAACUGAAGAAUAAGCCUAAAGCUGUCCUUAACAUAACUGAAUCCUUAUACUUAUUGCCCAGUAAGUAAUACACAGGGUCCAGCUAAGUGUAUGCAGACCAGAAAAGAGCUAUAUAAAUAGCAAACACUAUUGUUAGAUGUAUCUUUCUACCGCAGUUGAAAUGGCUUGCUCAGUAAUGCCUGUCUCCCUGUCUCAGCAGAUGAAUGCAUAAUUUCAUUCCAAUUAACUCAUUUCCCCCUGCCCUGCUUUCUUCUCCUAAUGAGUAGAAGGUGUGCAGUUUCUAAACUACGCUGUCUCUGUUUCUCAGAUAUAAGUGGCUAUAAUGAGAAUCUCCUGUUAUGCUCAUGUUGAUGCAGAGUUCCUGUCUUUCUCUUUCCUAUCCACCUACGCUCCUGUUCUCUCUCUAGGAUAUCAGAAGCACCUUGGGCAGGUAUGUGGCACUGACCCCCACUGAAGGCAUACAUGUGCAUAAAUAUAUGCCCUUAAGAUUGCCCUGCUUCAUUCUGGUUUGCAGAUGGUUUGCUUUUCAAAAUACUAAAACUGUGGUAUACUGUGACAGACCGUCUUGCCCAGAGAUGGGGAACCAGGUGUUGUUGGACACCAGCUCCCAUCAGGCCCAGCCUGUGUACCUGUCAGGGAUGAUGGGAGUUGUAGUCCAGCACCAUCUGCAGAACAACAUGUUCCACCAUCCCUGAUCUAACCAGCACUGUCAACUCUGAAUGUGAAGGAUUAUCCAGAAUCUCAGGCAGAGUUCUUUCCUGCAAUUGCUAGUUGUGAUCCUAUAAGUGAAGAUGCCAUGAGCUGGGCCGGGUCUUUUGUACAUGUGGAUCUCUGGCUCUUCCCACUUUUGUUAGCAGCUCCUCCCAGUCUCCAAGCUGAGAUGGGCUUUCUGCUUCUUCCAUAUUCAUACAAUCACACUUUGGAUACUCUUGGACUUUGGUUUGUAUUACUGUGACGCGGGUGGCGCUGUGGUCUAUACCACUGAGCCUCUUGGGCUUGCCGAUCGGAAGGUUGAUGGUUCGAAUCCCUGCGACGGGGUGAGCUCCCGUUGCUCUGUCCCAGCUCCUGCCAACCUAACAGAAAGCACGCCAGUGCAAGUAGAUAAAUAGGUACCACUGUGGCGGGAAGGUAAACGGCGUUUCUGUGAGCUCUGGUUUCCAUAACAGUGUCCCGUUUCGCCAGAAGCGGUUUAAUCCUGCUGGCCACAUGACCUAGAAAGUGGACAAAUGCUGGCUCUCUUGGCCUAAAAGUGAGAUGAGCGUCACAACCCCAUGGUCGCCUUUCACUGGACCUAACCGUCCAGGGGUCCUUUUCCUUUUUUUACCUUGUGUGAGAGCUAUUCCAGAAUGCCUUUUUAAAAAAUGGACAGAGACACUGUGCUCUUAACAGCUUCACAAAAAAUUGUUCUGAGGAGCCCAGGAUAUGCUUUUCCUGGCAUAGCAAAAAUAACAAACAAAAUGUGGGAUUUAGUCUCUUUUGCAAAAUCACAUUUAACAGAAUAGUCAUAAGACCAAUGAAUGCACUGAAGAAAAACAUUUCCCCAGCUACAAAAUCCUGCAGUAUCACUUAUCAGAAAAUAGGGUGCUCUUACAGAGAAACUCCAGUCAUCUCACUGCUUCUCCCAGAGAGCAAAAUGUACUCGUACUGUACAGUUCCACCUCUGAGGAACACAUACUACUAUUUCACCUGUUUUAUCACAGCGCCAGCUUCCAGGGCUGAAUCUUGGACCAGCACCGACUCAGAUUUAAGUACAACUUUUGCCUGUAAAAAACCAAGUGUCACGCAGCCUUAAUCAGGCAUCUGCAGAACGGUGGGAAACUGACGCAUUUCUUUUUCCAAGGUUUGACAAGGAGCCCUUUCAGCCCCCUGAAGAGAUGCCAUCCAAGGUGGAAAAAAGACUCGGUGAAUUAUCUGAGAAAAACAGUGUGCUCACAGAUAUCCUGAAUAACUUCAAAGGUACUGAUGACCUGCUUUAAAAGUUGCAAGUAGAGCUUGGGGCUAAAGGGUGCAAUGUGAACCACUCCUGUUCAGGAUUCCUGGCAGCCACGCUGUCUUCCAGAAUACUCCAGGCUGCCCCCCCCCCCCGUUUUCUGUCCCUCACAAAAAAAGACAUUCAGCCUUCAUGAGUACAAUUCCUCCCUGGGCUGUUCUGUUUUGGUGGGGGAGUGCCCCAUUAGUUCACCUGCCCCCUCUCACUAUCCCCUGAAAUGUGGGAUUUCCUCUUGAGCUUGUUGAUGUCUCCCCUAUGUUUAGGGAAGCUUUUAACAUUUGAUGAAUUAUUGUAUUUUAAUAUUCUGCUGGAAGCCGCCCAGAGUGGCUGGGGAAACCCAGCCAGAUGGGCGGGGUAUAAAUAAUAAAUAAUAUAUUAUUAUUAUUAUUAUUAUUUGUCACCUUAUUUUGGUUGCAGUUCUGACAGCUCUCGUCAGCUGAGUUUGCUACCAGAACGAAUGGCUGGAAAAGUAUACAGUGGUACCUUGGGUUACAUAUACCUCCGGUUGCAGACACUUCAGGUUACAGACUCCCCUAACCCAGAAAUAGUGCCUCGGGUUAAGAACUUUACCUCAGGAUGAGAACAGAAAUCACGUGGCAGCAGGAGGAGGCCCCAUUUGCAAAAGUGGUACUUCAGGUUAAGAACAGUUUCAGGUUAAGAACGGACCUCCGGAACGAAUUAAGUUCGUAACCAGAGGUACCACUGUAAAUCCAUUCUCAUUUGGAAGGUAUUCUUGAAAAGUAUUGCAAAGUGUCAAAAAGUGCAUUCUGCGCGCAUAUAUAUUUUAGAUCCUUUAAUAAUAAUAAUAAUAAUUUAUUAUUUAUACCCCGCCUAUCUGGCUGGGUUUCCCCAGCCACUCUGGGCAGCUUCCAACAAAAUAUUAAAAUACAGUCAUCUGUCAAACAAUAAAAGCUUCCCUUUCUGAGCUUUUGGAAGAUAUGACUGAGUUUAUUAUUCGGUCUCCCUUAAUUUCUCUUUUUCUGGCAAUCCUGUCCAUUCCCUUUCAACUACCCGCUAAGUAUUUGCAGCAGAAAAUAUACCUACUUGCAGCAAGGAGAGUGAGAGAGGAUAAUGAAACCCACUUUUCUGAGAAUAUAUAAAUGAAAUUAGAAAUUGAUCACUCUUUGAAAAUCACGUAUGUCUCCUCUCAUCCCUUAGACACUCUGCCAUCAGAACUGGGGACAGAAUGGGGUAAGCAACUGGUGAAAACAUUUACGAGAUAAGUUAGUUCAUUCAUGUUUGGUUCUGGAAAGACAUAGUUGAUACGGAGAGGUCUGAACUUAACUGGAUCAGUUUGAUUGCGACAGUUAAAUCUUGAGGUGCCGUUGUUAAUGUUGUCAUCAUCACCAUUGUCAACAUCAUUAAAUUUAUUGCCUGCCCUUCACCAGCAGGUUCCGUAUCAAAAACAGCUUAAACAAAGGAAUGGGCCGGGGUGGGGGGCUUCUGAAAGAACACAUCUCAUUUGUCAAAUGAGCUCUGUACCACAGGCUCCUAAACUACAGCCAGUGUGGUGUAGUGGUUCAGAGUGGUGAACUCGUAAUCUGGUGAACCGGAUUUGAUUCCCCGCUCCUCCACAUGCAGCUGCUGGGUGACCUUGGGCCAGUCACACUUCUCUGAAGUCUCUCAGCCCCACUCACCUCACAGAGUAUUUGUUGUGGGGAAGGAAGGGAAAGGAGAUUGUUAGCCGCUUUGAGACUCCUUAGGGUAGUGAUAAAGCGGGAUAUCAAAUCCAAAUCCAAUUUGGAAUUAGCUGACAAAAAUAUAAACUGUUCCUUUAUCCCACAUAUUCUCUCUCUCUCUCUCUCUCUCUCUCUCUCUCUCUCUGCAGUCAACAUAACCCUUGACACAGACACAGCAAACCCGCAAAUCAUAAUCUCUGAGGAUCGAAAAAGCGCGAGAUGGGACGUCACCAGGACAGAUGUGCCCCAUAACCCUAAGCGAUUUAAGUCCUCUUGCUGCGUGCUGGGCUGCGAAGGAUUCACUUCCGGGAGACAUUACUGGGAAGUCAACGUGGAGGAUGGGGGCAUUUGGGCUGUGGGGGUAGCCCGGGCCUCUGUGAGGAGGAAGAUAGAGCUCAAGCUGACCCCGGAGGAAGGGAUCUGGGCCUUGCAAGGGGAUUUUGGUCAAUACCAGGCUCUCACUACCCCUGUGACACCUCUGUCCCCCCUCUGCACCCCUAGGAGAAUCCGAGUAUUUCUGGACUAUGAAAGGGGGCAGGUGGAAUUUCUUAAUGCUGACACAAAGGACUCUCUCUUCAUUUUCCCUUCGGCUUCAUUCUCUGGUGAGAGAGUUUUCCCCUUUUUUAAGGUGCUGCUUGCCCAGCUGACACUUGAUGGCUGAUGGGUCCCUCACUCAAGAUCACUUAACGCAGAUUAGUUACUCCUUAAUGCCGCUGUUCAAGUUCACUACACUGUACUUGAAAUCGGGAGGGGUAAAAGUUGGAGUAGACGUGCCCUUCCAAUGCAUGCUGAUGAACGGUUAUGAUUAAUCCACCCGAUUGGUUGCCAAGCACAGCACCAUCACUUGGUGGUGCUCCUUACUCCAGAUUUAAUUCACGGAGAUCGCAAGGGUGCAAUUUUUUUGCAUGCGGCAUUAUAGAUGGAUGGUGCCAAAGUAAUGUUCAGGCUAGAGUGGGUUCAAAACACUUGGCUUCAAUAAAAUAGGAGGUCGCCGUUUGUGUGUGUGGAUGCAGAGAGGCUCUUUGUCAAAGCACUCGGCGCAGCGCCAGUUCUUAUCACAAAAGUCACUGUUGUAGCAGGAACUUGAGUUUGCCAAUGAACUAUAUAGCCCUUCUCUGAAACUACCUUCACCAAAGAUACAUUAAGUGGAGAAUAGUUGGCUGCUUGGUUUUCCUAUGUUGCUGCAUUAAAGAUGUGUUGUUGUUGUUGUUCAUGACGAUGUUGAUGUUUCAAUGUAUUUAAUUGUGUAAACCGCCUCCUAUGCCCACAGACUGA